AUGACUGCUCGUGGGAAGAAUGUCAGGAUACAGACGCUUGCUACUGAGGAUGAAAUCUUCGUCUACGACCGUCGAUAUGUUAGCGAACCGGAUAACGUCGAGCUCGUGGAGCUUCCUUCUCCCGAAUCCUUCACCCCAGACAAUCCUCCCGAUACCCUUGCGAAUCAGAACGAUUUACAAUCAUGGCGGAAUCUCUAUAUGGCCAGAAGGUCAUGGGCUCUGACCCUAUCGGAGCAAUGUGAGGAAAUGGACAAGAAAAUCCAUGAACACAAUGAGCGAACGGAUAUCAUCAACCGCGCAGCUGGCGUAGCUCUCGAGAAUCUCAAGACACAUGUGGGUAAUUUGGAGCAUCGGCUUCAGGAAGCCCAGGCAUGGGCAAAUGAUCUCUUGAAAGAACAAAAAGCCGCCUUGGAUGGAUGGCAGCGCGCGCUCUCAACCUUGGAAAGCAUCCCGGUACUCACGGAUUUUCCCUUCCUUGGCCGCCCAUCAACGCCAACCAAGCACAAAGAUCGAUCAUCGGGGACAUUGCGGGAUUUCGUGGAUAUAGAGGAGGUGCACAAGGCUGGAGCUGGGGCGUCGACCGAGUCGUCGCGCUUUGCCCGUCAGAUUGAGGAUGUUUCGGAAGCCGUCGGUGGGAUUGCCGCAGAUACUCAACAGCUGAUCGAAAAUGCCAUCCCCUCAAGUCCGGCGGUCAUCGACGGAUUACAAGAAGUGAUCACCAUUGCUAAGAAAAUAAGUUCCGACUACGAGCACGUGCUGGCCCUACCAAACAAUCAAAAAACACUAGCAAAUAUUUCUAGGCUUGCACUUACGCAUACUCAAGACCUAUUACCAUCUAUAUUGGAUAUAAGCGCUGAGAUCCAUGCGGGACUUGAAGAAGCUAUCCGGCGAUAUAAUGGUGCAAUGAAAGAAGCGCUCGAGCAUAUGCGAACCAUCUCUGCGAUUGAAUUGCGCCUGGCCGAUGUCCAAUCUCAAAUCAUCAACCUCAAUGUGCAGAGCGAUGCAUUUGAUAUUGUUUUCUCCGUCUACCACAUGCCUAUGGUCUACGGCUCCGUCUUGGUGGAAUCUGUUCGACGCCGCGAAUUUAAUGAGAAGAUGAAAGCCGACUCCCUAACUCUAGCAGAAGAGAUGGCUGUUUUUCGGGACGAGGAGCAACGUCGAAGGAAGAGAUGGUUGAAGAGCAUGGGGGAUUUCAUCUCUAUCACGGAUGCCACCACGCCAGGCGUCGAGAUAAAUCUUCAGGGCAUGGAUUAUCAGUGGCCCGAGGUCACUCGGAAAGACAUUGAAUCCUAUAUAAACGAGCUCAAAGCUCGACCUAACUUGGCUGGCUUGGCCGAUGAGCUUACUCAACAGUAUAAGGAGCUCGAUGCACCAACUCGUCACCAACGUCGCAGAGCAAAGGCUUUCAAACAAGGCAGCAUAUUUGACCUGAGCAGGAGCUCUCUACUUCUCCGCAGUGACGAUAUGCUUCGGAGUCUGAGAGACGAGAAGUCUAAGAUUGAGGAGAAGUUGAAGGGGUCUGAAAGUCGGAUCCGAAAACUCGAAGACCUCUUGCAUCGGCAGAGCCAGAUGAGCCGCCCAGUCAGCGGAAAUUUCAGUUUAGAAUUUCCAAGCUCGCCAGCUUCACCACAUCCCGAUCCGCUCUCUAGGCGCUCUUCAGUGUCUUCCCGGCGGAUGUCUGCAAAUCAAUCUUCUGAGGAAAGGGCCCAAGCUCAACGCAUCGUCACCCUUGAGGCGGAGUUGGCUGCGGAACGGGAAACCGUCCAAAGACUCCAAAAGGACGCGCAUGCCGAGAGGCUGUCUAACACGGACAAGAUACAGGAGGCGCAAUCCACCAAAAAAGACCUCAUUGGAAACCUCGAAGCUCGCCAACGCGAAUUCGACGAGGAACGGCGGUAUCUUGAGGGUGAAUUGAAGAAGUAUCGACUUCGCACAGAGGAGCUUGAGGAGGAACUCGAUAGAAUGACCGGCAGCCGCGACCAUGAAAAGCAGGACGCCGAUGAACGAAUCAAUCAAUUAGAGAACGAGCUUCAAAACAUUCACGCUCAUGCCGAAGAAGAGAUGCACCGAGCCAACAGCUUGUUCGAGGAGGUGCAGAGACAAAAGAAGGCGGAGGAGGAUUUCCAGCUGCGCAUCAACGAGCUUGAGAAGCAGCAAUCAGAGAGUCGGGCAAAAGAGCAGGAGAACCUUCUGUCUUUGCAAGCCGCUUUCAUGAGCCUGUCUCCGGGAGGCGCGGUGCCUGCAGAAAUUCCCAGCAUCAUCAAAGCUAUUGAGGUGCUUUCCGAAGGGCUGUCGAUCCAUGCCAAGAAUGCCGAAGAGAACAUGGCGGAAGCUGUAGCGGAGAAUAGGACCCUCGAGGAGCGUGUCAAUCAGAUAGAGAGCGAGCUUGACCAGACCAAGAAGAUCUUAAAUGAGCGCACGUCAGAACUGUCUCGCAUGCGGGAAGACUUGGCCCAAGAAAAGGAGAAGUUGUCUGCAGUACAGUCCGAGCUACAAGAAGAGCGAACACAACUCAGCACCUUGCAGUCACAGCAUACAACUGGCGACGCAGGUGCGGAUGCCCUGCGGGAACGUGUUGUUGAGGAAGAGCAAAAGCUGGCCAGAUUAUCUCAACGAUUGAAUGAGGUUGAGGCCCAGGCUCGGCAAUCUGAACACGAAGUAUCUGCAUGGAAGGACAAGGUCGAUGCCAUUUCGGAAGCGGAGCAACAUGCGACGGCUCGUAUUGAGAUUCGGGGCGCGAGAUCCAAGGAGCUGUCGCGGCAGCUCUUUGGGCAGGUUGAGAAGAUGGAGCAUAUGCUUGAGCAAUUGGGCUUCACCGUGAUCCGGCAGGAUGGCGAGAUCGUGGUUCAGAGGGCUUCGAAGGUCAACGCCGCAUCGGGUAUUGGAGACACUCUCAGCCAAUCUGCAGUGGUUUCUGUCAAGCCCGACCCCAGCCUUCUCGACUGGAUGGAAGCUGACAGUGCCGAAGAGGAGACGGACCGGUAUAUGGCAUUCCUGGAGUCUCUAUACCAGUUUGAUGUAGAGGUCUUCGGGGACACGGUAGUUAAGCGCGUCAAAGAUAUUGAGCUUCUUGCUCGGAAAUGGCAGAAGGAAGCAAGAGGAUAUCGAGACAAGUAUCACCGCACUCAGAGCGAGGCCCACGAAAAGAUCGCCUAUCGAACCUUCAAAGAAGGUGACCUUGCCUUGUUUCUCCCAACCCGCAACCAGGCCAUUCGGUCCUGGGCAGCUUUCAACGUCGGAGCUCCACACUACUUUUUGCGCGAGCAGGAUGCACACAAACUGCAGACACGCGACUGGCUGCUGGCUCGUAUCACAAAGAUCGAGGAACGUGUGGUGGAUCUCUCCAAAUCCCUGAAUGGAGCUAAUCCCGAUCGCCAAUCCCUUGGUGGCACGAGCGAUGCCACCUCGUUCGAUGAUGAAAAUCCUUUCGAACUGUCCGAUGGUCUUCGCUGGUAUCUCUUGGACGCAGCUGAGGAGAAACCCGGCGCUCCAGCAACCCCAGGCCUUGGGAAGAGCACAGUUGCGCCGGCGCACGUAGAUGCGCGGGGUAGCAUCCGAUUAAAACGUUCGACAAACGGAGGGAAUGUGGCCAAAACCUUGACGAGAAGCUUGGACAGCCGGCGCAAUAGCUCCAGCUCCAAGAAAGGGCCCUUGGGAACUCCCCAACGCGCCAACGAGUCGACAACCGAACUCACUCGACCACCCGAAUCUGGCACCCCGGGCUCUCAGCAAGCACGGGAGGCCGCUUCUACACCCGAAGAGGUUCGCCGUGACCAGCUCCAGGGGCCGUGA